CUGGCUGGGAUCUUCAGAGUGGAUAUUCAGAGUGGAUAAUGGAGUCCUCACAUUGCGAGUCAAAAGGCGACUAGGCGAGAGGAACGUGGAAGAGUGGCAGACGACGCCUCUAGAGCCAGCAUUCGUGAAUGCAAUUCCUAUCGCGCGACAAGGCGCUGCCUGGAGGGAGAAAUGUAAAAACAAGUUUUUGGAGAAAGUGCUGCUUCGAAGCACUUUCUUGAUAGGUGCGGACUGUUGUGUUGGGAGAACUGCAGAUUCGCUCACGGAGGGUCCACGUUUUGCCUGGCUAGGAGUUGGGCUGGUUGCUUAAAAGCUUCGUAGUAAAUAGACCAGAGCCCUCUGAAAUGAAGCCAAUGGCAAUGAGCACAGCGUGUCUGAACCUGGCUCUGAACAUCUGCAUUGCCCCACUUUUGAUGGUCCUUUCUGUGAGCGAGUUCUUCUUCCCAGAGACCGUCAAGAAUGUCAAGGACUUUAUAGUGAUUGCCAUGCGGCCUGACUUGGAAAACGAGGUCCGUGACAGGCGCCGCCCGAGCACCCGCGAAAUGCUGCUGCGCAUCCAGGCUGACCUGCGCGAGCUGAAGUCUGCAAACCGCUCCGAGCCUGAGCUGCAUCAGAUUCAUGAACUGCUCAAGAGGACGGAGGAAAGGGAGGCGCACGUCAGGGACCUGCUCAAGAAAGGCUGGUCGCGGGAAGAUAUGAUGGUCGGAGCGCUGGCGCAGACAAAGGAGCGACUGAAGCGGGAGUUUGUGGAAACCAGACGGCAAGGCAAGAAGGUGGACGAGCUCCUGCAGCGACUGGAAUCGUCGGUGUCGACGGACGGUUUCAUGGUUGAGAGCGGAAGCACCACACCAAUCAGCAGGGCCGGCAGCUCAUCAAUGUAGCUCUGAGAUCAGUACCGUGUUUGAAUUCUGUCUUGGUAUGCAGCAGUGCGAGGGCUCAAUGAAGACGUGAAGUUGGCCCAUGAAAGUGCUUGUUGCCAAUUGGUAAUCGGCAGAAGAUCAUGCGUUGCUGCACUGUAUAAAGAGAUGAAAGACGCUACCUUUGAAAUGAAGCCUCAAUGUAGGUAGGAUGGCGUGAAAGUGGGUGAUUAAUAGUAGGGGCGGGGCAACCAAAUCUCAUGAAUGAACCGUAGGGUAGACUGCUACAGGCCCGCCUACAUACCGCCACUAGAAGAGUUGUUCUGUGGGUCGGCUUGUGUCUUGGUCGCACGCGUUUGAAAGUAGGUGGGUCGACGACAGCGGUGUUGACAAUUGUCCAGCUGCCAGUGCAAAACAGUUUACUCGUUAGGCAGACUUUCUAGCUGCCUUUUAUAGAUUACCGUAAGCUCAGAUAUACCGAAUAUGUAGGACACUCAGUUACAGUUGAAACAUCUCACAGCAAUUAAAUUCUAUAUGAAUGCUGGUAGAAGGGCCCGCCACUUUGUC